AGAAGAUUUAGCGUACGAUGAUUACUCAGCUUCUUCGAACCUAUAUAAACCGCGAAUUCUUAAUCUAUGUCCGAAACAUCCUGCGUUUCCUUGUUAAAACAAUCCGAAGUCUCAACCUUUUUGUUACCAUGUCUAACCCCAAAUCCGAGACACAGCCUCAAACCUCUGCUUCCGAAGCUCCACCCUUUGAUCCAACAGAACCAUCCGUACCCAUUUCUUAUCCAAUCAAAACCCUUCAAGAGCUUGAGUCUCGCUCCUAUUUUGAGUCCUUUCACUACCCUUUUAACAUAGCUACGGUUCCCCUUCUCAAUGAUGGUUUCUUCUCUACUUCAUUGCCCAAUAGGCGCAGAUUGCUUGUGUGUCAUGAUAUGGCUGGUGGUUACUUAGAUGACAAGUGGAUUCAAGGUGGUAAUAACCCUGAUGCUUAUUCCAUAUGGCAUUGGCAUUUGAUCGAUGUGUUUGUGUAUUUUUCCCACACUUUGGUUACUCUUCCUCCUCCUUGCUGGACUAACACAGCUCAUCGCCAUGGUGUUAAGGUGUUGGGAACUUUCAUCACCGAAUGGGAUGAGGGAAGGGCUGCCUGUGACGCACUGCUUUCAACAAAGGAGUCUGCACAAAUGUAUGCAGAACGUCUGGCAGAGCUUGCUGUUAAUUUAGGCUUCGAUGGGUGGCUAAUAAAUAUGGAGGUAAAUUUGGAUCCGGGGCAAAUUGCUAAUAUGAAAGAGUUCGUAGACCAUUUAUCAUUGACAAUGCAUUCUUCUGUGCCUGGAUCAUUAGUGCUAUGGUAUGACAGUGUUACAAUUGAUGGUAAACUGAAUUGGCAAGAUCAACUAAACGAAUAUAAUAAACCAUUCUUUGAUAUAUGUGAUGGAAUAUUUGUAAACUAUACAUGGAAGGAAAACUAUCCAAGGCUCUCUGCUGCAGUUGCCGGUGAUAGGAAGUUUGAUGUAUACAUGGGAAUUGAUGUAUUUGGAAGGAACACAUAUGGUGGUGGACAGUGGAAUGCAAAUGUUGCUCUUGAUUUACUAAGAAAGGAUGACAUCUCUGCCGCAAUAUUUGCUCCUGGAUGGAUCUACGAGACAAAGCAAGCACCAGAUUUUGAGACUGCUCAGAAUAGUUGGUGGGGUCUUGUGGAAAAGUCAUGGGGAGUACUGCGAAAUUAUGCUGGAGUACUACCAUUCUACACAAAUUUUGAUCAGGGACGUGGUUAUCAUAUUUCAGUUGACGGAGACAAUGUAUCAGAUGCUACUUGGUGCAACAUUUCUUGCCAAGGCUUUCAGCCGCUACUUGGGUUUGCUGGUCCUACAAAUUCUAUUCAAGUUCUUGUAGACUUGAAAGAAGCAUCAUAUAGUGGAGGGGGAAACAUUACAUUCAAAGGAUCUCUUGAAGAGCGAACUUACUUUGAGAGGAAAAUCUUUCAAGGAGAAUUUCUUUUGAACGAGUUGCCUAUCCACUUUAUUUACUCUGUGAAAUCUGAUGGAAAAUCUUCGUUGGGGCUUAAGCUCGAGUUCACUUCCUCCAGCAACAAAAGAAUGUCUGUACUUCUCACAUCCCGUGCCUUGAAUCAUUUCUCAAGCAAAUUCAGCAAAGUAAUCAUGACAAGUGAACAUAAGGGAUUUUCCCAUGGAUGGGUUAUAAAUGAAGGUACAAUUGCAAUGGAUGGAUACACUUUAACAGAAAUCCAUGCAGUGUGCUAUAGAUCAGAUUCUCCAUUCAAUGGAAUGAGAUGGCAAUACAGGUUAGAUGGCAAUGAUGGUACUGUGGCUUCUCCAUCAGAUUAUUUUGCAGUCCUUGGUCAUGUCACAAUCAAGGCUGCUGACUAUAAAUCAGAUUUUCCCAUGUCUUCUUCAUGGCUAGUUGAUGGCAAAUACAUAAAAUGGACAUCAGGUCCUCAGGAUUCAAAGACCCUUAGCGUUAAAAUUUCUUGGAAACUGAAAGAUGGAAAGAGUUAUCUAUGUCCAAAGUAUAACUUGUAUUUGGUGAAAGUACCAAAACAAGCAGGUGGUUAUCAAGGUAAAACAUCAGAACAUGUGAAGGAGUACCUUGGAGUAGCACAAGUAAACUGUUUUUAUGUUUCUGACCUCAUAGUUCCUUAUGGCACUUCUAGUCUCAAAUUUAUAAUUCAAGUCUGCAGUGUUGAUGGGACAGUUCAGGAUUUGGAUGAGUCUCCAUAUUAUGAUUUGGAUGAUGAAGAUCCCUAUAUUGUCAUAAGAAUGUAAGAUUAUUUCUCCUAUAAAGGAAGAAUGUAACAUUGGAUCUAUUCUCUUAACAUGUUAUACCUAA